AUGAGUGACGAAAGAAGAGUUCACCCAAAUUGUGGGAAUGGUUCGAAGCCUUAUCAUGAAUGCAGCAAAUAUUGCUUCAAUAUAAUAGCGGAAAUAAAGAAGCAAAUCAUCAAAGCUGAAACGCGUGUGUUGCAAGCGAAUACUGUUGAUGAAAGAGAUGGUGUUGAAAGUCACAGUGAUGAUGGAGAGGAUAAUAUGAGAGAAGAGUCGGCGAAUCUGAUAAGAGGGAGGAAGAGGAAGUUAUUUGAAUUGAGGUUAAAAAUGAAUGAGGCAAGAAAAGCUAAUGCAAUGGUACUAGAGAAGAAAAAAACAGAGGCUAGAGGAUUAAAGCACGGAUCCAUCAAGAAAACCUAA